AUGAAUGGUUCUUCUGCUUUGAAUGGUUCUACUGCCUCCUCCUCUCGUUCCAGGCAAAGGCAUAGGUCUGUAGGGGCUAGGGCAAAAUGUCAAUGUGGUCUUCCUCUCAUGCUUUACACUGCUGGUACUCAAGAGAACCCAGAGAGGAGAUUUCUGAGAUGCAGAAAUUGGCAUUUACCAGGCACAUGUGAUUUCUUUUUUUGGAUUGAUGAUCCUGUUCAAGAAAGAGAACCCAGACAUGUAGAGGCAGAAAUUGAUAAUUCUGAGAUUGGCGAAUCAUCUAACUCAAUGCUUCCUGGAGCUGAUUUGAAGAAGAAGAUUAAGAAGUUGAAGAAGAAGCUUGAAAUUGAGACUUUUCACAAGAAAGUUGCAUGUUUGAUUGCUCUAAUUUCUUGGAUAGUCACAUUUUGGUUUUUCUGUAGGGAUGAAAAGAGUUUGAAGGGAUGA